GUGUGGUCUCUUUCUCUCAAGUCAAGUCGCUAGGGUUUUUAAACCCAGUUUGUUCCCCCACUCUCAUUUUCCAAGUAAAGCAUCAAAGUCAGACAAAUCAAAAGCACGCGCUCUCUCCCUUCUUCCUCGUACAAGUUUCGCACCUUCCUCUGCAUUCAAAGGGCACAAAAAAGGGGCGAAGAAGAUGCGGAGGCACAGUCCAGGAUACUACAGUCCGCCUAGGAGAGGGUACGGCGGCAGGGGAAGAUCUCCUCCGCCGCCACCUCCUCCGUCGAGGAGGGGCUACGGUGGUGGUGGCGGCGGCGGCGGGAGGCGCGGCAGGGAUAACAACAACAAUGGAAGCCUUCUUGUUCGCAACAUUCCCCUCGAUUGCCGACCCGAGGAGCUUCGAGUCCCCUUCGAGCGGUUCGGACCCGUUCGUGAUGUCUACAUUCCCAAGGAUUAUUACUCAGGAGAACCUCGAGGCUUUGCGUUUGUGCAAUUUGUGGAUUCUUAUGAUGCUUCAGAGGCACAGUACCAUAUGAACAGACAAAUCUUUGCCGGAAGGGAAAUAUCCGUCGUUGUUGCUGCUGAAACAAGAAAAAGACCAGAGGAAAUGCGCCAAAGGACUAGGAGAGGACCAGCGAACUAUGGGGGGAGAAGGUCUUAUUAUGGUCGCUCGCGCUCUCGCUCAGUAUCACGCUCUCCGCCUUAUCAUUCUGGUUCUAGAAGUAGAUAUCGCUCAAGAUCAUAUUCUCCUGCUCCAAGAAGGCAAAGUGAUUACUCUAUUUCCCCUAGAAGGCAAGCAGAACACUCUAGAUCACCUCGAUCACCAAGAGGCCCCCCUAGAGAGCGAGAUGCUGAUCAGAAGCGCAGAUCAUAUACUCCAGAUUUUGGCAAUGGUGUUGAUCAGAAUCAAAGCAAUGGGUAUCCUGAGAAAUCUACAUACAAGUCUGAGGCAGAUGAAGGCCAGUGGAAGUCAUCUGGACGUAGACCAUCGAGGUCACCACCUGGAUCCAGAUCUAGGUCAAGGUCUCCUGAUUUGUCUCCUAGACAUUGAAGACGAGGUCUUUGGCAAUGUGCUGCAUUCUGCUGAUUCUGUACCAAUUCAGUAUCUUUAUCAGGACAUUUUACAAAAUUGCAUAAUGUAUUGAAUGUGUUUGUAGUGUUAAGAUAUUACUGUUGUGCAGCAUUUUGGAUAUUGUGAAAUUCUGUGGUAAAACUUAACUUAGAGUCUUGAUAGUCUAGAUGAAAUGUUUGGAGCUUGUUUGAUUUGUCAA